AGUUUCAAUACGAUUAUGAUACGUACAGCACUGACAAAUGUAAUAGUGCUUAUAUUUAUAUUUUGUAAUAACAUUUUUUCUUAUUUUUUUGUUGUCGAAAUCUCGGCCACAUACAAAUUGUUGGCUAUUUAUUAUUAAUACGGAAGCCUGAGGUUUUUCCUGUCUCUUGAGACUGCUUCGCCUUACGAGAGCCAGACUAAGGUUUUCAAUUUUCCGACUGGGAAAUUUGAUACGGAUAAGAAAGGCACUUAUACGCGCGGAGUUCUAACAUCUAACUGGAAAUGGAUUCGAUCAGGAUGGUCGCCCCGGCCAGUCUGCCUCCAUUUCAACGCGUGUUGCGUGGUUCGGAUGGGUUCAGCUAUCAGAACACAGUGGCUGUGUGGACCACGGACGGUGCUUGGUGGUUGGGAUACAUACAGGAUAUCGCUGCGGACGGCCAACAUGCUUACAUUGAUUUCGACUCGUCGAAAACGGCUGCGUCGUGGGUCCCGACCGGUGCCAUUUGGUCCCUGGCCUUCCUUUUUGACGAUAGGUCACUGGCAGAAGGAGGUUGGGAGAAUAUGGCAGUGCAGGUGGCACUGCGCGACGAAAUGGAUGGACCCUUCCGAUUUCGGCCAGCAACAUUGCUGAACCGUGCAUUCUGUCAAAUAUAUUACGUGAGCACGGCGGUGCGUGGAACGGACAGUCAGGCUGGCUCAUUCGCUGCCGUGGAAGUUGUGGACCGCUGCCAAAUCGCCGCACAGCUGCCAACCGGCGAACUGCCUGUCCAGCAUCUGAGCAGUGCGGUGACCUACACAAAGCACGUGAUCGCGUUUCCGGGAGCAGCCUCUCUAUUGGUGGAGGCAGCCGAUGUUUCUCGCAUCAUCACGCACUUUCGACGGGCCUACCAACAACUGGAUAUAGACCCUUCAGCGAAUUUCUUCUUGGAUUCGUGGACGGAUGACGACUCGUUGACGGACGGUUGCCGAUUUCAUCUGCGAAUCGCCAAGGAAACGUGCGACUUUGUUAUCGUUACGGGAAAUAAGGACGCGCGUACGCGUACGCAGCAGCAGAUAUCAUCGACUCUGAAUGGAGUUCUGCAUAGGCAUUUACACAGCAGAGCACAACUGCCGCCGCUCCGCUGCAGGAACGUCGUCCAUAUCAGCAACGGAGGCCCGCAUUCUGACAAUGCAGCGAUCAACAUUAACUUGUACAUGGCUCCUGAUUCUGAAGAUUCCGAAGCCGGUACAUGUAUACGUAUUUGCCAUCUUCCGCAGUUAAUCUUGAUGGAAAUAUUUGCCAAUUUGGAUCUGCAAGCUCAAAUGCUGAUCAAACGGGUGUGUUCCUUGUGGCAUGCGAUAUUAAGCUGCAAUCCUGGGACGCACAAGGAUCACAUCACAAUCAGCUUGGAAGGUUGCUCUUUCAAUACAUGCCAGAACGAUCAUUGCUACAAAGUGGCGUCCAUGUUGAAUCGUGCAGUCAGCUGCAGCAGCCGGAGUCUGACUAUAAAUGGCAGUGGCCGAGGGCAGCAGCACGCCUUUUUCCUGGAGCCCUGGUUGCAAGUGACCAACGCGCAGCCCUAGUCGUCCUCCAAGACGCCUAUUAUACAUCGGGCGGUACAACGAAGGCGCACUGCUCAAGCACCCCACAGUGUGGAUGGCGCGGCGGUUCAAAGGUCACUGUCACACGCUGAUACUGCACAGCUGCCGGUUGUCCCGACUCCUCCAUGCACCGUUGAGGGAGGUGCUGUAUCAUGACCCGCAUGAGCUGGGUCUGUUGUCGCUAGCCCAGCCCGCCUUAAGCUUACUGAUCCCCGAGGCUGACCUUAGCCACAAGUUCCAGACAGCGGCAGCGACGCUGCUGUCGACGAUGGAGGCCACCGAGAUCACGCUGCGCCGGAUCGUUCUGCGCUUUAGCACUAA